AAGACGCUAGUGGUUCUGCCCUUUUUUUAAGUUUUAUUAAAACCUCGAGUAAAACCUCGAAAAUUUGAGCAACGCUGUAAGGGAAGGUACGGUCACGUGGCUGCUUUCUUCCAGGAAGGAGGAGGAGCUAUCUGAAGCAACAGUCGCCAAAACGUCAUUACGGAUGGUGUUGUGAAAAAAGCGACAGCAACAAACCCACGCGAUCAGUUCUAAGUGGACUUUCAUCAGUCCGGUUUAGAAGUUCCUGUCCAGUUCUCAUCAGCCAUCUGGACCACCUGGUGCUGACAGUACGAGACCUUAACAAAACUACAAAAUUUUACUCCGAGGUUUUAGGCAUGGAGGUCGUCACCUUUAAGGGUGACCGUAAAGCUUUGAGUUUUGGAGAGCAAAAAAUUAACCUGCAUCAGGUUGGGAAGGAGUUUGAACCUAAAGCACAAACACCAACACCAGGAUCUGCCGACUUAUGCCUUAUUACCAAAACCCCUCUGAAAGCUGUUGCUGAUCAUCUCAAGGCUUGUGGAGUGACAAUAGAGGAGGGUCCGGUUGACAGGACUGGUGCUGUGGGUCCCAUCAGUUCCCUCUAUUUUCGUGACCCUGAUGACAACUUGAUUGAAGUGUCCAAUUACCAGCAAUAGACAGGAGGAGGUGCUCUAUCAUCAGCUACAAAUCUACUCUCUGUAUAGCAGGAUUCUUGUCAUAAUGUAUAUGACUUAACAUUGUAAUAAUGUUGUUGGGUCAAAUCACCAUCUUGUGUACUGAAAUUCUGUUAUGGAGAUGUUAAUAUGUUAUGACAUGCUACAAUAUUUUGUUAGUAAAAGUAUAUUAGCAAAGUUUUCUUUGUUAUUGGAAAAACCUGUCUUUCCUUCUAAUGACAAUAAAAACAUUGUUCAUCUUCUCA